AUGGCGAGUGUAGCAAGUCGAAAUCCAUUCGACCUAUUAGGUGAAAGUGAAGAGGCUGAGUCCGCUGUUAAACAGCAAGAGCCAGCUCCAGCAAAAGAAACACUAAUCGUUAAAAAGGUUGAUAGGUCUCGUGCAAGUCCUAAAGAGGCUAGAAUUCGUCACGAUUAUCCUCAAAGAGGUGGUUUUAAACCUUCUACCUCAAGCAGAAAUGAGGAUACGAGAUCUGCUCCCCGUGAUAGAAAUGUAGGCCCUCGUCUCUCCGGUCGUCGUGAAGAAGGCGGUGGUGGUGCAGGCGGUGAUUAUCCUACAAGGAAUUCACGUGGUGCUCGUCCAAACGAUCGAAGUCGUGGAGGCCGCGGAGGUCGACGUGGUGGACGUGAACAUGAUAGGCAUAGUGGAACGGGCAGAUAUGAUAGUGAAAAGAAAGAAACCCAAGCGUGGGGGGAUGCUGCCACCCCUUAUGAGACAAAUGAAACUCCUGCGUGGGAAAAUGCUACUACAACCGAAACUUCUAGUUGGGAUAAUACCAAUAAGACCGAAACAUCAACUUGGAACGAGACGACCGAAACUACCGAGUCUUCUGGUUGGACUGCGACAUCUGAUGCUGAUGCCAAUGCUGGUGGUGGUUGGGGAGAAGAUAAAACCGAAGAAAAAACUGGCUGGGAUGCCGAUAAUACUGGAAAUGAUUCUAAUGCUUGGGUACAACAACCUGAAAUCGAGGAAGUUACGAUUGAUCAAGUUGAGAAUACUGCCGCCGAUGAAUCUACUCCAGUUCAUGAGCCCGAGGAAGUCGUAAAGACUUUUGAUGAAUACCUUGCCGAAAAGGCCUUAAAAUCUUUAGAUAUUUCACUUCCCGAAGCUAGAAAACCCAAUGAGGGAACCGAUGAUUCUCAGUGGAAAGAUGCUAUUCCCCUUGAAAAAGAAGACGAAGAAGAUUUCCUUUUUACCGGAAAAGUUAGAGCAAUCUUAUCGUCUCAAGACAGUCAUCGCGAUUAUGAUAAUGACAAUCGUGAUAACCGUCGUCGCGGUGGCGGGCGUAGUGGAUUCGUCAACAUUGAUGAUCAAAGAGCUUUUCCAAGUCUUGAUCGUCUGAAGAUGCCCCAAAAAACUGACAGUGUCGGCACGUCACAUGCAAACAACCCUAUAGUCAAUGGCAAACAAAUGUUUAACGGUAAUGUGACUAGUCCAGAACCCAUAAAUAGCCCUCAACAACAGAACAAAACAAUUGUUGAAUCAACAAAUUCGCGACGAUUAUCCUCAGCUACAGAUCGUACGGUGGGAAUGGUCUCAAAUCCCAGUCGAAGCAAUUCCCGACAAACCAAAAAUGCUACAACUUCAAAAGUUGACGACCCAGUUGGUAAUUUUCGUUUGUCUAUUGACGAAUCUGUAAUUUCAGCAUUGUUGGACUGCGCCUAUGCUGACGUUAAACAUGAAGUGUUGGGCUACUUGGGUGGUUCAUGUGAUGUAGAUCGUUCUGAAAACACUAUUGUUUGUCGUGUUAGUCAAUUUGUAGCAUCAGAGAGAAUUGUCACUUCAUUAUUGACUGAUGAAGUGCAAGAAAUGAUUAACUCACGUGAAAACGCCAUUAAAAUUUUUACCGAUAAUAAUUUAGAAUUUGUUGGGUGGUAUCGAAGCAAUUUUCAAUCAAAUUCAAAUUCAAUUCCUACUCAAUCUGAUAUCAUAAAGAAUACAGCGAUACAGUCUGAGUUCCCAAAUAGUGCAGGAUUUAUUAUAAACAUAUCAACCACAACUUGCCCUUCAAUCGGUUCAAAGGGGAUAGGCAUAAACGGACUAGUCAAUUCAAUAAGCGUUUUUAGAACUUUUGAAUCGUCUAGUAUGAAUGGUGAUAUUAAUAAUUCGGUACCAUUAGUUAAUAGAACGAAAACUGGUAAAAUAUGGAAGGGCAAAGGAAAAGCGAAUUUGAAGGCGAACAAGGUUUCCUUUAAUGUAAAUCGUCAAAUGUAUAUUUGUCCGAAUGUUAUGCAACAAUUAAGCUGCGCAUUGAUGACAAUUCUUCGAGAAACAAGACAGACUUAUGCCGGACAAGUUUUAGAGUGUGAGAAUAGGAAUGGUCAACGAAUAUUCGUUGAUUCACAGUAUGAAUCUUUUUUAAUGAAUUUCUUAAGGAAAAGUGUCCUACAGUUUGAUAGAUCAAUAGAUCAAGAUUUUAGGACGCUUGCCUUGGCCAAACUUCAUAUUAAAUCAUUAAUAUCAAAGCGCGUUAAUGAUACUCUGGCGAUUUUACAGAAAAAUACAGAUACCAACGACAACGAAAAGCUUUCAAAACGACGGAAACUUGAUAAAUUAAUUGAAAAGUUGGUCACCCAACGUAUGGAUAAACGCGAAAAGGAAAUGAGAAAAUUGGAGAAUGGAGAUGAUGUAGUUCUAUGGCUUAAUUCAAAAUCACAAAAUGAUGGGAAAACUGUGGAUGAGGGUUCUACAUUUAAUAACUCUGCAUUGUCAAAGUUGGAACAAUCACAGAAAACGUCGGUUCAUAAUAAAUCUGUUAUUGAAAGCUCUGAAGUAUUGACCUCUUCCAUUUCCAACCAUUUGGAACAGAAAACCAUGUCGACAUUUAAAAAAGAAUCUUCUAUACUGCCUCAACCAAAUAACACUAAAUUGAAAAAUAAUAAAGUGAAAGAGAAUGUUGAACCGGAUCAUGAUGUGGUUGUAAUUGAAUCUGAUUCGGAAAUCAGCGUCGGAAAAUCUGAAGGAAAGCCAUCAAAAUCACUUUUGAGAAAGCCCAGUCUGGAUUCAUCUCAGCUUAACCCAAUUUCAAAAAGAAUUAAACCUUCAGAAUCAAGUCUUCCUAAUGUAUAUUAUAUUGAAUCUGAGUCCGGGGAUUCUAAAUCGAUAUUUGAAUUGAAUGCAACUAUUCGCUCACCUACAUCUCCUAAUGAUAACAAGACCGUUAAUACUUCUCAAAGUUCUGGAAUACAUUUACCAAGUAUUCAAGGGUUAUUGGAGAUUUCAAGUCUCGCAAGUAUUCAACCAACGUCACCGAACUCUUUACCUAUAGUGGUAGUAGAUCCGAGCUCUACCAUCGUUCAGCCUUCUUCUUUCCCUACUCCUCCUCUUUUACCAUCAUUUCAACAUAGUCAUUAUUAUUCAUAUAGUCAACAGCAAGCAAUGUCAAGGACAACAUCGCCACCGAAUACAUCACCAAUACAGCAUCAUUUACUUUCCAUUAAUAAUAAUACAUCUACUGUAUCAACCUCAACCAAUUCAAGACAUUACAUCCCUAUUGCUCCAUCGCCAAUUUCAACAACGACAGGAGGAAGGAAUCGGCCACCACAGACUUUACAAACAUCCACUUCUACAUCUAUUUAUGCCAACAAUACAACAAAUCAUUUAACAUUUCCUGCAACAGAAUCAGAUUAUCAAUGGCAAUUAUGA